AGGCUCGCCGUACUUUGGUUCUCUUUUACGCAGGCGCUUGGCGGUCCCAGUUAAAGGCUAUCUGAAUUUUAAUAUUUUUAAAAUGUCCGAGAAAGGAGAAGUGGAUUUGACUGGAGCCAAGCAAAACACGGGCGUGUGGCUUGUUAAGGUAUGUACAUUUAACCUCUAUACAAUAUUAGUUCAUGGGAUACGGGGACUAUCAUUGGUUUCUCUAAGGCUAAUGCUAAUGUAGCUUAGCUCCCAGUGAAAACAGCCCUCCUGAAACAGCAGCAUGUUCAUGUCCGUAUUUCUUCCUCCAGGUUCCCAAAUACCUCUCUCAGCAAUGGGCAAAAGCGACAGGCAGAGGAGAGGUUGGCAAACUCCGAAUCUGCAAGUAAGUGAAGUAACUAAGUUUAAUCUUACUUCACUUUGUUUAUGUCUAAGCAGGGAAAACUAACAAAACCAGGCCUGUCCAGUGGAUCAAAGUGUUUGUGUGAAUUUUAUAAUUAAGUCGUGUUUCUUCAGGAUCACCUUUCAGUUGACUAGUUUUAUUUUUGUCUAACAGGAAAGGAAACAUGGGAAAACCAGAGGUAAGAGAUACGACUAAACACACUCAGCUUUUACAGUGGUUAAGAUUAAGUAAAGAAAACUUCAGUAAGAGCCAAAACACUACUCAUUAUUGGUGAGAUUUAGUUUAUGUUGUGUGAUGGAAACGCUCAUAAUUUAUUGACAUAACUUUCCUUAGUAAUCCAAAUGUUUUGCACAUUUUAGUUGUACAUUUAACGGUGCAUAACUUUAGUACAAAUUUAAGUUGUUUUAAGACUUUCUGUUGAUCUUGCGGUGGACUGGAAGAUACAUUUGUUCAUAUCUUCCCUUACCUAAAAAACACUUUGUAUUCCUCUGUUGAUGACUGAUGUUCUUUGAAAAUAUAUCCAAUAACAGUCCACAGUAAAAACAGGUUAUUUUGUUUGUACAGGACAACAGUAAUUUGAUCAUAAGUAAGGAAAGAGUGUGAAAUGCUGACUUGUGAAUUGCACUCUUUUCAGGUGUCUUUCACUUUGAAUGAAGAGCUGACUGUGAUCGAGGGAAUAGAGGAUAAGACGGUGUCUGCGCCUCGUGACCACCCGUUCACCAUGCAGUCAGUGGGAGGUCAGACGCUUGCGGUCUUCACAGAAAAUUCAUCAGGUUGGUUUCUGCCAGCUGGUGGCACAGCUCCACCACGGGAUGAGAUGCUUAUAACAAUCUACUAACUAUACAUUUCUUCUAAUGUUGAGUAUAUUUUUGUAGCUCAAAGGUGAGUUCUGUGUGAUUGACCGGUGGGGGGCUCCCAUCCUGCUACUCUUUGUACAGCUUGCUGUCUUCAUGCAAAGUCUUGCCUUUACCUGCUUGUGUCUGUGUGUUAUGAACUUUCACUGGUGUGAGGUUGUCUGCAGUCCCAGCAGAGUACAUUUGACAGAUGUACCUUUCAUGUGGGAUAUGUAAACACUUUCUUGAAAACAGGAGUGAAGCUUUCCUGUAAAAAAAUUGUUUUCUCCCAGUCUGAUCUGAGUUUCUGUCUCUUUCCAUAAGAGUAAUCUUCUUAGCCUCAUUGUUUAGUCUUCUUUCAGUCAAUUUGUUUGUGGUUUGACCUUUCCAGUCUUUAGCCAAUCAUCUUGAUUGAUUUGGAAUCUGAUCAGGCACAAUGGCCUUCUUUGAAAUUAAAAUAAACUAGGCUAGAAUCAACACAAAUCAAUGCUGAAUUUGGAGUUGAUUUUGUUUGUGCAUGUGUGUCUUUGGUUUGGUUUGAACUGCACCGCCCUCGUCUGCCAUCUGAAUGUGGUUUUUUGUUGCUCUGGGUGCUGGUGAGCUUGGCAUACUGUUCUUACUCUUAGAAAUCAUUUAUGUGUGUCUGUGUCAAGGGCUGCACAGUUGAAAUUGUAUCAAUAUUCAGAUCUCUAUUUUUUACUCAGAAUAUCUGAUAAUUGCAUCUAUCCAAAUGUAGUGAAUCCUAUAGUUUUAUAUACUCAAAGUAUAUGUUAAAAUACUGAUUUUCCCUCAGAAAACUCAUUUUCUUCCCGUCAACAGUUGAGUGUACUUGUGCAACCCUGUUGUGGAUGAGUGUUAUUGGUGGCUCGCGGUAUCUGUGCUUGUUUGUUGUGAGGGCAUGCUUGCUUUGCUCAUGCACACACAUUUGUACCCAUCAGAGAUAACACUGAUCACUGUGUGAUCAAACGAUUUGGUGUGCAACUAAACCCGGGUGUGGUUCUUGCUGUUCGAUCCCCUCCUCCUUCCGUCUCCCAUUCCCUGUAUUUUCACGUUUACCCUCCCUCCCUCCCUCCCUCCCUGUAGGCCAGUCAGAAGAAAGAUCUGAUGGCAGCAGCUCAGGUUCGGGGGCAGGGGCAGGUCCAGGUGAGUCUAACGUUUCACCAUCAAGUGACAAAAUAUCACCAAUAUGAACCAGACACACUGAGUGUCUGUGGUUUUUAUUUGUGAAUUCUGUUAAUAGUACCACAAUAGUAACCCCAAUACAUGUGAAAUAACAUGCAUGUAUUGGUGUAAAGCUGUAGACACAUCUUCUGUAUGAAGCACCCAGUUUGUCUCUGAAGCAUCAUAACAGCUUAGUUUUUUGUUUUUUCGCACAAUCGCACCAAUCACACGAAGCUUCUGCACUGAGUUUGCACCACCUUGAAUGAGAAAUGGAAAAAGCAGUAUUUUGUUGGGCAGGUUGACACUGUACAUGCGCAGAGUGCCACCUAGUCAUAGUGAUGGGCGUAUUGUCAGUGAAUCCAGUUGUGAUUUUGUGUUGACUCAAGAUCAGGAAGUUUUUACUUUAGAUCCACUCAGUGGCAGAAGCAAAUGAAAAUCAUGGAGUUGCAGAAAUUGACCCAUGAUUGUGGAAGCAUUCUCCUCACAGCUGUAGGAGAGAGACGGACUGAACUAAGUUCAUGUAACAUGCAGAAGGAAGCUGCUGUUCAACUUUGGUUCUCAUUUCAACAUCCAGCAGUCCACUUAUUUCAUCCCUUUUUUGUCUUACACACAUGCAUCUCCUCACCUUUCCUCCAUAAUCAAGUAAACAUGCAUUUAGAAGGUAUUUAUUUACAUUAAGCCUAACUGAGCUCAUCUUUUUCAGAUAAAAUAGCCUUGGAGGGAGUGGUGGUGCAGAGAGCAGAGUGCAGACCUGCCGUGAGUGAAAGCUACAUGAGGCUGAAAAGGUAAGUAGUGUGCACAUACAAGUUAUUUUAUGAGUAUGUUUACAGGCACAUCCUGGGUCUUAUUUGGAGUAUCUGAUGCAUGAUUGUUCAUCCAACUAUAUCCUGAUGUUGUGGUUACGUCACUGUAUCAUGAUCGUGUUAAAUUGCAUGGAUAACUUUGGUUGCUUGGUACAAAAUUCAGGUAUAUCAGGGGGUCCAAGAUUCAAAUUGAUAAAAUCAUCUUGAAGUUUAUCGCAUGAUCUGUUUUUCACAGAGGUCUUUCUUUUUUGUGGCUCUUAGUUUACUUUUUAAAUACCUUGUGUUCCACUGAAAAUAAAGCCGUUGUUGUCAUCUAACAGGUUACAAAUUGAGGAAUCCUCUAAACCAGUCAGACUGUCACAACAGCUGCAAGGUCCUGUUACCAACAACUACAGACCUGUGGCCAAUCAUACCUACAAUGUAAGAGCUACAACAUUUACAGGAUUGUUUUCUUUUUAAUACUCCGCUUUUGUUUGUCAAACAUUUACAAAAUGUCCACCAGAGGGAACUUAUCAGGGGAAAGCCAGCUGCAUUCUUUAAAAUGUAAUUGGUACUAGCUGAAUGAAAUUUGCAGUUAAUAUCUCCAAGACCAGCUCCGUGCUUGAUACCUGAUUUUUGUUUAUUUCCUGCUGCAGCUGGAGUAUGAGAGGAAAAAGAAGGAGGAGGGCAAGAGAGCCAGAGCUGACAAACAGCAGGUGUUGGACAUGUUGUUUUCUGCUUUUGAGAAGCACCAGUACUACAACAUCAAAGACCUGGUGGACAUCACCAAACAGCCGGUGGUAAGUCCCAGAGGGCAAUAUUGUAGCUCUUGUUCAAUAACUGCACUUUGCUUGUACUGAUCAUAGAUUAAGCUUUUUCUUGUUGUAUUCUAUGCAAUCUUCAUGGCUUUACAGCGCUUGAAUCAAAGUAAUUUACUCAUCUCUUUUCACAAUUUUGUAUCCCUUUGUCCAGAUUUACUUGAAAGAAAUCUUGCGUGAUAUUGGCAUCUACAACGUGAAGGGAACACACAAGAAUACCUGGGAGCUCAAGCCAGAAUACCGACAUUACCGAGGAGAGGAAAAGACUGAUGAAUAGAUUUUGUCAAAGCAUCUUUUUCUUUUGAUGGUGGUUUCCUCCUCAGAUCGAGACUUGAUUCUUCCUCGUGGCUCUGCCUUCAUUCUUGUACAUCAGGGCUGAAACAAACCAGAUAUUGAGGUCAAGCAAAGGUUGAGUUUUGAACAGAGAAGCUGUAUUUUCUUGUUAUUUUGUAGGAGACAAGAAGAGGAUAUAGGAAAGAGAUUUGAAGUUUUGCACUUGUGUGCAGCACUCCCCCCUGAUGUGGUUUCCAAUACAGCUCCAGCACAAUCUCAGGGUAAUAAUGUGUUUGAUUUAGUUGUGCCAUCUGUCAGAGGCACAGGACAUGGCAUUUGACAGAGACGAAGAUGCAUCUCUGGCUGUUGACAUUGAAUAUGUUUUAACAAUUUGACUGAAAUUCACCCUGAGGUGGUGGGCUCAGUGUGGUGAGGAUAAACCUCAGGAAAACAAAGGUUGGGACACAGGUAAUGGUUCCUACAGCUGAAGGGAUAUGUGCUGAGGACAUUUGUUUUCGUAGAUGUUUUUGUUUUGAAAAGAUGGUUUAUGCAUCUUAGACCAAACUUAGCAAAUUAUAGAAUCAGAAUUGGGUGGUCAGUCUUUUUUAAAGGAGGGCUGAGAGUUCAUGUUUUACCUUGUUCAAAAUUGGAUUGACGUGUAAUAAAUGUUUCACUUAAGAAAAG